AACAAAAAACAUUAGAAAAAUGUAAAAGUGCUAUCAAAAGCAAAAUAUUACACACAAUUUUGCAUAAUAGUUUAUAAAUUUAUCAAAAAUCCUACUCAAAUAUUAGUAAACCCGUGAAAUUGAAUAAUACCGUUCCGCCUACAGUGUUAAAAAGCAGUUCCACAAAAAAAAAUAACGAAAUACGUAGCAUAAAGUGCAUCCAAUGAGUUCGAAGAAAAGUCCUUCAUCUCCUUCGUCUGCUGCUGGUGGAAAUCGAUCGGUCAUCGUCGCCGAUGAUUGCCUUCCUUCCACAUCGGGUUACAGCUGCAGCAGUAAGAAGCUAAGUUCCUCGUCGUCAUCCUCGAGCCAGGAAAGUAGCAAAUCUAGCAUUAUUACGAACGUCGAUAAAGUGUCCACUCCCGUGGAACCAACUCCUUCCAAAUGGAUAAGUUUGAACGUUGGUGGAAAAGUGUUCACCACAACUCUCAGUACUCUCCUGAACAAGGAACCAGGCAGUAUGCUGGCGCGGAUGUUUGCACAGGAGGAUGCAAUGUGUCCCAGCGAUAAGGACAGCCAGGGGGCCUAUCUGAUAGACCGAAGCUCGCAGUACUUUGAGCCGAUUCUCAACUACCUUCGGCACGGUCAGCUGAUCUUCGAUGGCCAUUUGAGUCCGGAGGGGAUUCUGGAGGAGGCUAAAUUCUUCGGCAUCGAGGGGUUGAUUCCGCAGCUGGAGAGUUUGGUCCAGCAGCAGCAGGCGGCCAACAUGGAGGACCUUCCGUUGACGCGGCGGGACGUGAUCAGCGCCCUGAUCAAAACAUCCCACAUGACGGAACUGCGCUUCCAAGGGGUCAACCUGGCCGGUGCCGAUCUUCGGAAGUUGGAUUUACGCCACAUCAAUUUCAAGUACGCUUGCCUGCAGCGGUGCAACCUUUCGCUGGCCAAUUUGAACUACUGCUGUCUGGAGCGGGCAGAUCUAAGCUUUGCCAACCUGGAGGGUGCCCAGCUGCUUUCGGUGAAGGGACUGUGUGCCAACAUGGAAGGAGCCAACCUGCAGGGGUGCAACUUUGAGGAUCCAUCCGGGGUGCGGAGCAAUCUGGAGGGAGUCAAUCUGAAGGGUGCUUGCCUGGAGAAUAGUAACAUGGCCGGAGUUAACCUGCGGGUGGCCAACCUAAGGAAUGCCAAUUUGAAGAACUGCAACCUGAGAGCUGCCGUGUUGGCUGGGGCGGACUUGGAGCGCUGCAAUCUCUCCGGAAGCGAUCUGCAGGAAGCCAACCUACGUGGUGCGAACUUCAAGGAUGCUCAACUGGAGCUGAUGCUGACUCCGUUGCACAUGUCCCAAGCCAUUCGUUGAAGAAACGGCUUCGGUAAGCGUUGUUAGGAGAAAAACAUCCACAGAAAACAAAAACUGCAGUAAGGCUUUAACUUUUGAAGAUUUGAUUAUUUAUAUGAGGGAUAUAGUGAAAUAUCACGCCGACUGAUUGGCAAUCAGUAGUGAUUGCAGCAAGAAGAUCGAAAUGUGUGUACUUUGGAAGGAUUGAUCGUACUUCCGUGGUCAGCUUUGCCAGGAAAUUUCUUGGCACUACCUAUUAUAAUACCUAUAAUAGUGAAAAUCUGAAGUUAUUGAUAUACAGGUAUGGGCUUAAUAUUUAUUAAUGUGUUUCAGUUGCAAUAAUUUAUCAUCUAACGGCCAAUAAUAGUACGAUAUGUGCAUAAUUAACAUAAUAAACAAUAAAUGGGUAAAAAA